GGAGAAGUCGGAGUUGAGCAUAUUUUGCUUUUGCAACGAAGCGCUUCCGCUCGACAUCGUGGACAAAAUCAUAAGAAUUUCAAAAUUACAAAAAUUUUCUCAAACGAGAUUCAAUAAUGUUGCAGAAUUUUCCCAAAAUUGAGAGAAUUUGCAGCGAAAACAAAUGAAAUUUGAAUUCAAUGAAUAAUUCUCAAAUCGAUAGCAGAAAAUUUCCCCAAUCUUUAGUGCGCCUUUAGGUUUCUGAUCAUAUUAUCGAUUAAAGGAGGUUUUGAAUCAGUUACAAUAUGAUAUCGGGCUGUUUUCUAGAAUAAUAGACGGAGCUCCAUCAUCGUCUUCUUCAUGGCUAGUCAAGAACCGAGAAAAGGUCAUCACCUAUCUCGUGUCCUAAAGAAAAUCUUGGAAAGUAAAUCUCACGCAGAACAUAAAACACUUUGGUCUUCUGCUUCUGCACAAGAUUUGAGAUUCUUUGAGAUGGAAAAAGAGAAAGAAGAUGUAACUUCUCCUAGAGGAGUUUUGGAAGCAUGUGUAAGAAGCUUUGAAGACCCUUCAAAUUCAUCCGAAGAAAACCAAAUAAAUGAAAGCGUAUCACCUCCACGUUCAAGGUGGUUAAAAUUCUUCAAUAAGUGGAAAAAAGGAUUUUCUAAAAAAGUUCCAGCUUUACCCCCCACUGCACCAAAAACUUCUAGAAGAAAAUCCAUGAGUGUUAGAGAGAGUCAUCCGGAUGUUAAUUUAUGCCAUUUCAAAUCCUCAUGGAAAGUUCUAUCCAUUGCAGAACUUAAUGCUGCAACCAACAAUUUUAGUGAAGAGAAUGUGAUUGGAAAAGGUGGUUACGCGGAUGUGUACAAGGGUUGUUUAUGUGAUGGGAAGCUAGUGGCAAUCAAACGACUCAACAAAGGAACAAUGGAGGAGCAAAUAAUAGGAUUUUUAUCCGAAAUUGGAACCAUAGCACAUGUUGAUCAUCCAAACACUGCUAAAUUGAUUGGAUAUGGAGUUGAAGGUGGAACACAUCUUGUUAUGGAGUUAUCUCCUCAUGGAAGCUUAGGAUCCUUGUUGCGUAGUGGUCCAAAGGAGAAACUAGAUUGGAAUGCAAGAUAUAAGAUUAUACAUGGAACAGCAAACGGUUUAUUGUAUCUUCAUGAGGAUUGUCAAAGACGAAUCAUUCAUAGAGAUAUCAAGGCUGAUAACAUUCUUCUUACAGAAAAUUUUGAGCCACAGAUAUGUGAUUUUGGCCUUGCAACAUGGCUUCCAAAAGAAUGGAGUCACCAUAAUGUAUCAAAGUUUGAAGGAACAUUUGGUUAUUUUGCACCUGAGUAUUUCAUGCAUGGCAUAGUGGAUGAAAAAAUCGAUGUUUUUUCUUUUGGGGUGUUAGUUUUGGAGAUUAUAACAGGACGACAAGCUUUAGAUGAUUCACAAAGAAGUCUUGUACUUUGGGCAAAACCUUUGAUGGAAAAUAAUUUAAUUAAAGAAUUAGUUGAUCCGUGUCUUGGUGAUGAUUACAACCCACAAGAAUUGGAGCGUGCAAUUAUAGCAGCUUCGUUGUGUAUUGAAUUAACUCCCGUUCUUCGCCCUAGAAUGAGUCAGGUUGUGAUGCUAUUGAGAAACGAUUGUAAUCCCAAGGGUUCAACACCACAACAGAAAAAACGAGCAUUUCAAAGAACAUAUUCAGAAGAGCACAUGGAUGCUCAAGAGUACAAUGUAACAAAGCAUCUUAACAAUAUGCCUCGAAUCUGAAGAAAAAAAAAUAUUCAUUUUAAGAGGUUUACGAAAGAAAAACAUAUAAUCUUUAGGGACUUUAGUUGUACAUAUCGGAUUCUUGUUAUUAUUAUUAUUUUUUUUAACUUAAGUCUAGCAUCUUGGGCAUUUACUAAUGUAAACAUGUUACAUAUGUACAUCUUAUUAUUAUUGCUCAAUGUAUAGGAAACACAUUA